ACAGAAAGUCCCAUUUUGAGGCACUUGAAAACAGAAUGCACAUUUUCUCCGAAAAGCUUCAUACCAUAUGUCGUAAUAAAUUAACUUGGCUAUUGUACAACAAGCCCUCGAAACCUUUUAAUUUACGCAUCGUUUUCAUGGUUACUCCAGCCGGGUCUUUAUUUUACCCAAAAUAUUGGUUAGUUCCAAGAUGCAAAGGCGCUUUCUAUUGGCCAGGAGUUACGUUGUGAACCCGCAUACUGGUUGGCCAAGAAACAGGCGAAAACUUUCCUCUGGUUGGCCAGGUAAACAAUUCCAAUAGCCAAUCGCAAUCCUCGAAGUUAGUGUAUAAAUUGACCAAGAAUAGAAUAGAAGUUCAGUGUCUGCAAAGAAGCGCUUGAAAAUUGACUGUAGAGCUUCGGUGAAACUUGACCUUAAACUUUUUGGAAGGGAGCUAGCUUACGCACAUCAGGCUUGCACUCUAUUAUCACAUCAAAUUCAAACGAUUGCCAACGAAGUACAUCAACCGAGACUGUCGCCUGCAGACACCAGCCACACUACCGUAUAACGAACUGUUCAAGAUGCCGCGACCAAAAGCCGAAGACGUUCAAGGCAAGCCACCUUACUCGUAUAUUUUUCUUUGUGCUCAAGCUAUAAAAAACAACCCAAGUCAAAUGGCCACGCUAUCGGAAAUCUACGAAUUUAUCAUGACAAAUUACCCUUAUUACCGAAAUACUUCGAACAAAUGGCAGAAUUCUUUGAGGCAUAAUCUUUCAUUCAACGAUUGCUUCGUGAAAGUGGAGCGUAAGGGUGGAGGUAAGGGAAAUUAUUGGCGUUUGCAUGAAGAAGCGUAUCGAAUGUUUGAAGAAGGCACAGUUCAGCGACGUAAGAAGAGAUUUGUAGCCAAGACGUGCACUGGCUCGAAAAACAAUGAGUGUCAGCCCCAGUACCCUUAUCUCUACCCUGCCUGGAAUAACGGUUCGCAAACGAUCCUCGAUCCUCAGUUAGACCGCGCAAGCCACGAUUUGUACAUGAGAAGUCAGUUAGAGGAAGAAUCCUGUAUCCACUCAAAUGAACUACAAAAUUAUGACGUGGCACAUACUGAAAAUGAAAAAGAAGCUCAUAAUUUCAUAACUCAUUCCAUUGAGAAAAUUUUGAAACCAGAGUCGCCGAAGCGAAAGAAACGGCUAGUGAAGUGCAGUCUCAGUCCAACUUCGUCAAGUUCAAAUACGUCUGCCAGUGUGUGCACUUCUUAUGAUAAACAUAAUACUCCAUCUUCGAUAAACGUAUCUCAUUUAUCUUCUAAAAAACUUAAAUCUUAUACUAAGUCUAAUGAAAUCAAGGCACCGAUCCCCGUUAAACCCUUCCAGUACCAAGAAAAUCAUUUGAAGUUCUACCUCGGCGAUCAACAUUUCCUACCGCCGGUGCCAGUGGCUCACAUCACGCCUGAGCAGAAAGCCUUGCUAAUGGCACAUUUCCAACGACAAGUUCAUGGCCUUGGCCACGUAGAUAACACUUACACUGACUUUAGCCCGAGAAAUGAAUACAACUUAUUACCACCGCCUUCGUUCAAUGACGACUUGGCAUUCAGUCAACCCGGGUACACAUGUCAUCCGUACUCGUCAGAGUUGUUCGGUCCUCUCAACAUGAGGGUUGCUCCCUUGCUGCUCGCGGAGCCUUGACUUCGAUUUUAAUGUCACAAUAAAGAAAUAUACUAGUUAAGUAUAGAGAUAAGAAGAGAAUAGUAUCAUUUUUAACCCCCAUUGUUUCCAAGUAACUAUUAGGUUUAGCUUAGCACAUUUUAUUUGUAAAUAUUCAGACUUUCGUGGAUUUUUAUACCAUUUAUAUUCACUUUUCUUAAUUCUUCAUUAAAUUAUAAGCAGGAAAAUUCGGGUUUUCAUCAGCACCUCGCAAGUGAACGAUAGACAUAAUAACAUCUUGAGUAAAGUUUGAUUUGUGUAAAUGCACCGAGAUUAGGGUCACCCUUGAAAUGUUAUUUGUACUGCCUCUUAUUCCGCUGAACAUCAAUUAUCUCGAAGUAUGGUUUCCGAUGGUCCUAUUUCGAUUAGGCCGAUUAAACGAUCGACAAACGGCAAAUGUAAACACCGAUUUAUUCGUACCGAGACUCUACAGUUUAAUUACCAAUUAGUAGAAAUUGUGAUGUAUUUACAUGUGUUCUGGAGAACCGAGAGUAUAAAAUGUUACUUACACAUUAUAACUGUACGAACUCGAAUGAAUUUCAUGUUGUGUUGGUUAAAUAAACGUUUUGAACCGAU